AUGGCCAGUUUAUUGAGCUCCUCUCUGCCCAGCUGUCUCCCCUCCCUCCUCUUCCUCUUCCUCCAGUUGACUUCCGUCUCUGCAGGACAGUUCAGAGUAAUAGGACCAGGGCACCCCAUCCGGGCGCUGGUGGGGGAUGAAGUGGAAUUGCCCUGUCGCAUAUCUCCAGGAAAGAAUGCUACAGGCAUGGAGGUGGGAUGGUAUCGGCCCCCCUUCUCCAGGGUGGUUCAUCUCUACCGAAAUGGCAAGGACCAAGAUGAAGAGCAGGCACCUGAAUACCGGGGCCGCACGCAGCUGCUAAAAGAGACCAUUGGGGAGGGGAAAGUGACCCUCAGGAUCCGGAAUGUGAGGUUCUCAGAUGAAGGAGGUUUUACCUGCUUCUUCCGAGAUCACUCUUACCAAGAGGAGGCAGCAAUGGAAUUGAAAGUGGAAGAUCCCUUCUACUGGAUCAACCCCGGCGUGCUGGUGCUCAUCGCCGUCCUGCCAGUGCUCCUGCUACAGAUUACCAUGGGCCUCGUCUACCUGUGCCUGCAGCGCAGACUCCGAGGAAAACUCUGGGCAGAGAUAGAGAAUCUCCACCGGACUUUUGAUCCCCACUUCCUGAUGGUGCCCUGCUGGAAGAUAACCCUAUUUGUCAUCGUGCCGGUUCUCGGACCCCUGGUGGCCUUGAUCAUCUGCUAUAACUGGCUACAUCGCAGACUAGCAGGACAAUUUCUUGAAGAGCUAAGUAAGUUUUCUUCAAUUUUUUAUAAGCUGAGAGCAAAAGAGAAAGAGAGCAGCAGCAAGGGAAAGAGGGGGCUACUGAGGGAUCAAAAUCCAAGAGGAAAGGAAGGGGCUGGCCUGGGUGGAGGGAUGUCUCCUCCUGGGGGAUGA